AUGUGGGCACCGCAGACCGGCAGCAUCGAUGUCGCCACAUCAGCCGGUGCAGCCCUAGCAUGCACAGCGCUGACGCAGUUCGUACAUUCGAGAAGGUCAGAACUCUGCGCUGAGACACUGUCUUGGAUUUUGCUGCCCAUCUUAUGCAGAGCUCUGAACAGGGCGGAUGAUGGUACAGUCCUCAAAGCAACUGUGCCGAUAAGCCCUAGAGCUCAGUCUACGUCCUUCAAGGCAUUAUGGCUGGUCUCUGGGAGCAUAGUAUGUGCGAGCUGUCUCCGGGCGGAGUACGAUGUACUGCAGUAUUUCCCUGCAUUGACUCCAAUACUACUAGCAAUUCAGAUUCACCAAGGGUCUGAGCGAGCUGCUCCGUCCAAUUCCAAUCCCCGGUGGUGCGUUUACAUCAGUGACACGGUUUCAGGCACAUCGGCCGCCGCGCUGUUCGCUAUACUCAGCCUGACGGAUUGGGAUUACCGGAAAGCCUUUCUGUCCUUGAUUUACCUUGCUGCUUAUCUUAUAAUUUACGUUGCGCUCACUCCCAGAGCACCACAAGGUAGUCGCAUACCCAGGCUUGACAUCGACAGUGCUAUUGGCCCAUUAUCAUCAUUCACUGCAUCGAUUUUGGGCUUCAUACUGGCUGUAGAGACCAUCGUUUCGGGCUUGCCAGCCAUGAACCUUGGAUACACACUAUUAUCAGCCUUUGCCAAAUCAUUGUCUUGGUUCUUCACCAUCCAAACUGCCCGAUUAACAUCAUGGCAUAUUGCGCCCGCGAUAGGAACAUUCGCCAUCAUUUCAACUCUCGAUCCGUUCAAACAAACAUCGAGCUUUCAAGCGGCGUCACAUGUUGCGGCAUCGGUCGUUUCUCUUGGUCAAGUCAUACACGCGCUUCCGCGGCAGGAGAGAGGCAGGUUAGCUCUGUGGACUUUCAGCCUUUUCGCGAUCAUCCCGUAUGCAGCGAAUCUCCAUGCUAUCAGAACCGCAGAGUCUGUCGUGAGGGAGACUGCCCGCUCUGGAAAUCAUCCUGUCGAAAAAUUGAUAGGCGAGGCUAGAACUGACUUUCACCACCUGUUACAGAAGCAGUCCCAGAACUACACUGCAGCGGAAACUGAAUACCGACGCCGAUAUGAAAUAGAACCCCCAGCAGGUUUUGAGGCCUGGUAUGACUUUGCUGUGUCGCAUCAAUCACCCAUUAUCGAUGACUACGAUACUAUAUACGCGUCUGUGUCUCCGUUUUGGAAGCGCAGUGGCGUUGAGAUUGCUCGGAUAAUGGUUGAGGUACAAGAUGCAUUGGACAGUGAGCUGUGGCUAUGCCAAUUCACCAGCGAGAACGCGAAGACUCACUGUACUCACCCGUAUCGUGUUUUCGACAGGCACACUGGAUCCAUGUUUGAGAGCUUGUUGGCCAACCUACCUGGUGUUAUCCCUGACUUGAAGUUCUUGGUAAACCAUCUUGAUGAGCCAAGGGUUUUGAUCCCUCCGGGAUCCAGGAGGAACAAUCCGCCCUCAUCGCAUGCCCAAGUGGCUUUAGCGGAUAUGUCAAGGCAGUAUACUUGGGAUGCGAUCACCAAGUUUUGCGACACUAAUCCGCAAGAUGAAUUCAGCCGAGACCGAUACCAUGCCAAAACUCCUACUCUACAGUUCGUGGCGCAUCCUGCUUCGGACAAGGACCUGUGCCAACAUCCCCAAAAUCGAAACACGCAUGGCCUCUUCAUGAGCCCAACUUCGUUCCGACUGAUUGAAGGCCUGGUUCCGGUACUCUCAACCGGCUCGCCUUCAACUAUGGGCGAUAUAUUGUUCCCAAGCCCAGCUUACAUGGAAUCGGAGUUUCAGUACGACACAACAAACGACAUAGAGUGGGACAGAAAGCAUAGCACCCUGUACUGGGCUGGGUCUAAUACAGGCGCCUAUACAUCAGACAAUCAGUGGCGACAGUACCACCGACAAAGGUUUGUGGCAGUUGCACAAAACUUGGAGCGGAGAACGCAUUACUAUCUCCGGGAGGUGGCAGGCGCAAUCACUUCUGUGAAAUCUUCAUUCCUGAACACCAGGUUAUUUGAUGUUUCUUUCACAAGGAUAUUUCAAUGCCAAUGGAAAUACUGCAGAGACCAAAGCUCUUACUUCAACAUUAAGUCCUGGGCAGACAAGGAUGAGGCAUUUCGAUUCCAGCUGGUCUUUGAUAUGGAUGGAAAUGGGAUCAGUGGACGCUACUACAAGCUACUGGCUUCAAGAUCCGCGCCCCUGAAGCAGACCCUUCUCCGCGAGUGGCAUGACGAGCGUCUAGUUCCGUGGGUGCAUUACAUCCCUGUGAGCCAGAGCAUGGAUGAACUCCCGGAGUUGGUGCUUUACCUCACGUCGACGGAUUCUGGACAAAAACGGGCCAUGGAAAUCGCGGAACAGGGGCGUGAGUGGUUCUCGAAAGCGUUUCGAGAAGUUGACCGAACAAUAUAUGUUUACAGGCUGUUGCUGGAGCUAGCGAGACUGCAAGAUCCAGCGAGAGAAGCCAUCAAAUAA